AUGCAGCUCCUUACUUGGCCUGGCCUCCUCCUCCUCCUGCCCCUUGGGCUCGCGGCACCCGUGAUCCAGCCGCGGGCCGCCCAGCUCAUCCCGGGCAACUACAUCGUCAAGCUCAAGGACGGUGCAUCCGAGAGCGCCCUGCAGGACGCCAUCCGGCAUGUCAAGUCGAGGCAGGCCAAGCACGUAUAUCGCGCCGGCCGCUUCAAGGGCUUCGCGGCGCCCCUGAGCCCGCAGGUGCUGGAUGCCGUGCGCAAGCUGCCCGAGGUCGAGUUCAUCGAGCAAGACGCGGUGGUGUCCAUCAACGAAUACAUCACGCAGGCCGACGUCCCCUGGGGCCUGGCGCGCAUCUCGCACCGCACCGUCAACGCGACCACGUACGUCUACGACGAGUCCGCCGGCGAGGGCACCUGCUCGUACAUUGUCGACACGGGCAUCUUCGUAGACCACGCUGACUUCACGGGCCGAGCAACCUUCCUAGCCAACUUCAUCGACUCAGACGAUACGGACGCCAACGGGCACGGCACGCACGUGUCGGGCACCGUGGGCGGGGCGACCUACGGCGUGGCCAAGAAGACGCUGCUCUACGGCGUGAAGGUGCUCGACGCCGGCGGCGGCGGCACCACGUCGUCGGUGCUGGCGGGCAUCGACUUUGUCGCGUCGGAUGCGGCCAACCGCACCGCCGCGGGGCAGUGUCCCAAGGGUAUUGUCGCCAACAUGAGUCUUGGUGGCGGGCGGUCGACGGCCAUCAAUUCUGCGGUUGCCAACGCUGUCGAGAGGGCCAGGGUGUUCUUUGCCGUGGCGGCUGGCAAUAGUGGUGGUGAUGCGCAGUUCCAGAGCCCCGCGAGUGAGCCGACUGCGUGUACGGUCGGGGCAACCAAUAAGACGGAUGAGAGGGCGCGCUUCUCGAAUUAUGGGAGUGUUGUGGAUAUCUUUGCGCCAGGGGUCGAUGUGCUUAGUAGCUGGCCUGGUGGUAGCGGUAGUGAGAGUAACAUUAUCUCCGGCACGUCGAUGGCCAGCCCACACGUCGCUGGGCUCGGGGCCUACCUGCUGGCGCUGCUCGGCCCGAAGACGCCCGUCGAGCUGUGCCAGUACAUCCAGGACACGGCCACGCUCGGCACCAUCACCAACCUGCCCGACGGCACCAUCAAUGCCAUUGCCUUCAACGGCAGUCCUGAGUGA